CCACAAAGAAGAAUGACUUGAACAAGGAAGUCAAUAAUAUUUUAGAGGAAACGACCGUAAGCUUCCUCUUGUUUUGUUUUGUCUUUCUUUUUCUCGGGGCGAAUUGGUUGUCGUAAUUAUUAGUGUGUUUCGAUCGAUUAGUUAAUUGGGUUUAGUUUGUUUAAUUUGUUUCAGUUGAGUUUAUUUUGUGUCGUAAUCAUUGACGACAUUUGGCGUUUCCUGUGAAUUAGCUUAUCACGCUAACAACAGAGCUAACAGGCCUGAAAGCCAUCGGGUUGUUGUAUGUCCGUCAGUCACAUACUUAUCCCGUUUUUAUCAAGUAGACACGUUUAAGCUCGUACGUUGUUUGAAAACAUUUGUUAAAACGGCGAACAAAGUUUCUCGGCCGCUGUCAUCCGUUCGUCGCCGUGGUGACGUUAGCUGUACCGGCUAACUUGUUUGAGUCAGAUUAUCGCUAUUAAAGGGGCACUGUCAGAUUUACUGACAUUAAAAAGAAGCCAAGACUACAACAGGCGAUAAAGAUAUCGGAUGACCAUGUAUGCCCCGCCGGGUCCAGCUGUCCGGAGGAGGAGAGGGGGAAGUUCCCUGCCCAAGCAGCCGGAGCGAAGUCUGGUGUCUGCUCUGCCCGGAGCUCUGUCCAUCACAGCCCUGUGUACUGCUCUGGCUGAGCCAGCCUGGCUCCGUGUUCAUGGAGGCACCUGUCCGAGACAAGAGUUGGGGGUGGCAGAUGUCCUGGGGUACAUUGACCCCAAGCUUCUGGAUGAUUACUGUGUGAACCCACAGACCAUCUUACUGCUGAGGGUAAUUGCUGCCUUCUGUUUCCUGGGUAUCCUGUGCAGUCUGACUGCCUUCCUCUUGGAUGUGUUCGGACCUAAGCACCCUGCCCUAAAGAUUACACGCAGAUAUGCGUUUGCACAUAUUCUCACAGUGUUGCAGUGUGCCACCGUCAUAGGCUUUUGCUACUGGGCGUCGGAGCUGAUCUUGUCACUACAGCAGCAACACAAAAAGUACCACGGCUCUCUCAUAUACGUCACUUUUGCCAUCAGCUUCUACCUGGUGGCGGGGGCGGGGGGAGCCUCCAUUCUCGCCACAGCUGCCAACCUCUUGCGCCACUACCCCACCGAGGAGGAAGAGCAGGCUUUAGAGCUGCUCUCAGAGAUGGAGGACAGUAGUGAAACUUUUCCUGCUGAUUAUGACAUUGCCAAUCAAUUUCAGCCACCGCCUGCCUACACACCCUAAUGCUGCCAGAGUGGCUUUGCUGACACACGUCUCUCUCUCUGUCUCUCUCUCUCUUUCUCUCUCUCUCUCUUUCUCUCAGCACAGAUAUUAGCUUGAUCUUGAUCUUUGCAAAUACUAUUCGCAUUGAACAAAGCGUGUGCACAGUGUGUGCACAGAUUCCUUCAGUGACAGUGCUUGGGUGCAUGAAAGCUUUCUUUAGUGGUGACAAAGAUUUAGAAGCUAAUUCUUACUUUCUCCACUGAAGUGGUUAGUGAUUUGCAUGUAAAUGGCUUCUAGGAGUUGGUCCUUACAUGUAAAGAAAACCAAACUACAAGGAGUCCCCAGCACAGGUCAUCACAAGUAAUUGAUGAAACAGCCAUUGCCUGAUCAGUUCCCGUUACUGAAUCGGGGCUGCCAGCGGCUGUCUUGCUCUUAAUUGGACGUGGAAGAAGCUUUGACAAGCAGCGUUUUUGAUUUGAUGUGAUUGUGUGUAUGAUUUUUACUUUAUUGAUACAUUAUAGAUGCAGAAAUACACUGACAUGAUUGUUUUAGACCUUUAUUUUGUAUGAAAUAUCAGAAAGGACCCUAUUUAUUGUCUGUUCUACGCAUUUUUCUUUUGCUUUAUACUCAUCUGUCACUGCUGUAGUCUUCUUUGUUGAUUUCUCUGCUUCAGAUAACAAGAACAUUGUCAAAAGGUCUUUGUGGUGUGUCAAAGAGGAUUGUGUUGUGUGUUAAGAGCCAGCAGCCACAGAGACACGGAGAUUCAGUUAAGGGCGACAUUUAGUGACAAACCUCACCACGCAGGUUGGUUAUGUCAUGUUUCUCGUGUUUGAUUUGGAAAAAGACACCUUAUUUGUAUUUUGUGAUUACCUUAUGUGACAGUUUAAGUGUCUGUUUCUUAUGCAUGAGUUCUUUUGUGUGCAAAUUUUGAAAUGUUCAUUCUGAAUCUUAUGGGAACGUCUCGCAUGAGGUGCCAGCUAAGGCCUGAAAUGUGAUUCUUGUUGGUUGUAUUUUGUUUUGUUGAUGCCAUUUUCUGCAUUUUUGUUCCUCAAACUGUCUCUCUACUUUCAUCACCGGUAUGUAAAUAUUGAUCGUUUAUACAUAAAAAGUGGUCAUAAUAAACAAAAUGCCAUAA